AUGACACUUUCACAGCGACAUGGGCCUGGACGGGCUCGGCAGACUGAGAAGACAGGGAAGAACCAGGAGUUAGGCCUCUCCUCUGGGAUGUCCACCUCCACAGAUCGCCGAGGCAACAGGACCUCCAGGAUCAACUCUGACCACAAGAAGCCCACAGCAGCAGCUCUGAAGGGGGCCAUCCAGCUGGGUAUUGGCUACGCUGUUGGGAACCUGAGCUCCAAACCUGACCGUGAUGUUCUCAUGCAGGACUUCUCUGUGGUGGAGAGCGUCUUCCUGCCCAGUGUGGGCAGCAGUCUCACCCCUGCACACAAAUUCCCAGACUUCAGACUAAAGACAUAUGCUCCACUGGCCUUCCGCUACUUCAGAGAGCUGUUCGGGAUCAAGCCUGACGACUACCUGUACUCUCUUUGUAAAGAGCCGCUAAUCGAGUUGUCCAACCCUGGGGCCAGCAGCUCCUGGUUCUAUCUGACCAGUGACGACGAGUUCAUCAUCAAAACUGUCCAACACAAAGAGGCAGAGUUCCUCCAGAAGCUGCUGCCAGGAUACUACAUGAACUUGAACCAGAACCCUCGCACCCUGCUACCGAAGUUCUAUGGCUUGUACUGCAUCCAGUGUGGGGGGGCUACUCUGCGUCUCGUGGUCAUGAACAAUGUGCUCCCCCGCGCUCUCCACAUGCACUACAAGUACGACCUAAAGGGAUCCUCCUACAAGCGCCGGGCCAGCCGCAAGGAGAGUGCCAAGGCCUCACCCACCUUUAAAGAUCUGGACUUCAGGGACAUCCAUGAAGGACUCCACCUGCAACCAGACAACUACCAGGCCCUGAUGAAGACACUGCAGCGGGACUGUCGGGUACUGGAGAGCUUUAAGAUCAUGGAUUACAGCCUCCUCUUGGGCAUCCAUGUACUGGAGAGGCGCCCACCACUCAGAGGGGCGCGCCCCGACAGUCGUAAGCAGAAGGUGCUGUACUCCACUGCGCUGGAGUCCAUCCAGGGGACCGUCAAGGACCCUGAGCCUGUGGCCGACGAUGACACUCUGGGAGGGAUUCCUGCCAAACACAAAGACGAAAACCUGCUCAUAUUCUUAGGAAUCAUUGACAUCCUGCAGUCAUACAGAUUGAUAAAGAAGGUGGAACACUCCUGGAAGGCGCUGGUGCAUGAUGGGGACACAGUGUCAGUCCACAGGCCGGGCUUCUACGCCGACCGCUUCCUCAAGUUCAUGGGCUCAACAGUGUUCCGGAAGCUCCAGCCUCUUAAAGGCGCCUCGUCAAAGAGGAAGCGGAGCUCUCUGCACACGGCCAAUUCUGCAUCUCAUGAGGUUCUGUCCACUCUGCGAGACGAGAAGAGGAGUGAGAAGAAGGCCCAGAGCAUGGAGCAGCUGGAUUCUCACUUCUCCAGUUCUGGUCCCCAGCUGGACCUGGUGCUCAGAUCCACUGUGACGUUCCAGUGCAGGGAUGACCCAGAGGACAGUGAGGAGCGGCGUGACUCCAGUUCCACCAUCGCACUGGACGAGCCCCUGGCUUCUAUGAGCUGCAGUCAAUCUGAUCAAGAGCUGGACGUCUACCUGGUCAGACACUGUGAGAAGAGUGUUGGCGUCCCAGCACAUCCCUGA